UUUCUCAAGGAUGGCGGGGUCAGGCCGUCAUCGGGCAGCUUGCAACCCGGAAGUCGCCCGCAUCGUGAGGCCCCCGUUGCCGAGCGCGGGCGCGGGGGGCGGAGCUCGGCGCAGACAGGGAAGGGGUCGCCGUGGCUCCAGGUGCUGGAGUCGGGGGCUUCUUGGGUCCCAGCUCAGGGGAGGCCACGUCCCCAGUGCGUGUGGCCGCGGUUUCCCGGGGACAGAAUCAGCUGCAGUCGGAGGCGACAUGAGUGCUGCGGGGCUGCUGGCUCCAGCUCCGGCCCCGGCUGGAGCGCCGCCGGCCCCGGAGUACUACCCGGAGGAGGACGAGGAGCUGGAGAGCGCCGAGGAUGACGAGCGCAGCUGUCGAGGCCGGGAGUCCGAUGAGGGAAGGAGAAGAGUUUGUGGAGAAUUGGAUCAGCAGCAGCUUUUCAGAAGGCAGCUGCACACUGAGGAUGCUAGUGAAACUGACCUGGCAAAGCAUGAUGAAGAUUAUGUAGAAAUGAAGGAACAGAUGUAUCAGGACAAACUGGCUUCUCUCAAGAGGCAGCUGCAACAACUGCAGGAAGGUACAUUGCAGGAAUACCAGAAGAGAAUGAAAAAGCUGGAUCAGCAGUACAAAGAGAGGAUCCGAAACGCAGAACUCUUCCUCCAACUGGAAACUGAACAAGUGGAAAGAAAUUAUAUUAAAGAAAAGAAAGCAGCAGUGAAAGAAUUUGAAGACAAGAAGGUUGAACUGAAAGAGAAUCUGAUUGCUGAGCUAGAAGAAAAGAAGAAAAUGAUUGAAAAUGAAAAGCUAACCAUGGAACUGACGGGAGAUUCUAUGGAAGUGAAACCCAUCAUGACCAGAAAGUUGAGGAGGCGACCAAAUGAUCCUGUCCCCAUCCCAGACAAGAGGAGAAAACCUGCUCCUGCUCAGCUAAACUAUUUGUUAACUGAUGAGCAGAUUAUGGAGGAUCUGAGAACAUUAAAUAAGCUUAAGUCACCCAAGAGACCAGCAACCCCGUCCUCUCCCGAACACUUGCCUGCCACACCUGCAGAAUCUCCAGCCCAGAGAUUAGAGGCUCGGAUAGAAGAUGGCAAGUUGUACUAUGAUAAAAGAUGGUACCAUAAGAGCCAAGCCAUCUAUCUGGAGUCAAAGGAUAACCAGAAACUGAGCUGCGUCAUCAGCUCAGUUGGAGCCAAUGAGAUCUGGGUGAGGAAGACAAGCGACAGCACCAAGAUGAGGAUCUAUCUGGGCCAGCUUCAGCGUGGGCUCUUUGUGAUCCGCCGGCGAAAAUUUUUAACUUACCGGGAAUAACUACUUGGCCUUGGAAAUGGAGAACCCUGUUGUGGAUUCUGCAAGGCACUUUGUGGCUGGCCACUUGCAUCUUUCUGUCAUUCUUUCCCGCCUCGACUUCUUCUAGACACCUGUCAGCGCUGGACUCUUAACUUUCAGGAGUAUUGGGAGUUUGUUUUAUUUGAUUUCUUUAUUUUUUGCUAACACCUUUUUAAAAACCCUCCUUUGAGUUUGAAAGGAUAGGCCUUUUAAUUAAUUAUCUUUAGGUCUUUCUCCUGUGAAAAAGAGCAGGAAGGAAUAUACGCUGCAGUGCAUUUCAUGUUUUGAAUCUGAUUAGUGGAUCACGUAGCUGCUUCCCUUGUCAAGCCCAAUUCACUGUUUUCCCAGCAGCUUGGGGCAGAGGUUCCAGCAAAAGGAGAUUAAUUCUCCUGGCUCGCAGCCAUCUCAGAGAAAUAAAUGCCUGUGUAACAUCUGGCACAUGCCACCCAUUCCCCUGGCUGAACGACAGAAGACUGCACUAUAGUAAAUGGAGCUGGGAUAGGGGACAUUUCACAUUCAUAAUGUGUUGAAGUUACCAUAUUUUAAAUGUUAUCUAAUGCAGGUGAUUUAGUCAGACACACUUAUUCUAGCUCAGGCUGGAACAAGAAGUGGUAAUUGCAGAAGUUUUCAUUUGUAAUUCCUUUUCCUCCCUAGUUCCUAAAUAGAUAGAAGUAAGCACCUGUCACAGGCUGAUCAUCUAGGUUCUCUCAUAGGCAGGGUGGGGAGAUUGAUAGUGUAAUAAUCAGCGAUCUGUAGACUCACUGCAUAAUGCAAGUGUCACUUUCGGUGCUGGUACCAUUAUCGCACAUUGGCUAUUCCGCACCACAGAGCUUGUCACCAGGCCCUGCGCACUCAUAGGAGAUCUGGCCCGGUUGGAGACUAGGAAAGCUGUGCCGAGGCUGCCCCCAAACCUGCCUCUUCCUGAUGAGCUCUGAUGAAACAACCUUGCCUGCACUCCCUGCUUCUUCUCUCUGCCCCUUGAUUGGAGAAGUGAUUGGCUCACUGGAUGGUGGGCUUUUGUAUUCUGGCUGCCAUCUUGAGGCGCCAGGCAUUUGGCACUAACUUAUUAGCAUCUCCCUGGACAGUCAGUAGAGCUUACACGUUUUAGGAAAUCUUUGUAAGUCCACUGGUUCCUUGCUCAUAGCCCAGUGGAAUCUUUUCCUAUUCCUUUUCUCUUGAUACACGUCCGCACAGCAAGUUGGGAGUCUGUGAUGAUAAAUCACCUCCCAAGUUCUGACUUCCAUGGAGACCAAAGGGUUCCCAGAGGAAAGACUUGUACAGGUAUAUUUUUGUUUUAAUUUAUAUCCAUUUUCCUUUAUUGAAAUUUGUGUUCGUCUUACUUAGAAAACAGGAUAAAUGAUAAUGGUUAUCACAGGCUCCCUGGGUGUCCUGUUUCUUUUUCAGUCUUCAUCCCCUCAUUGUUAACAGGUUCACCACAGUGAAGCAAGGCCACAAUAGCAGAGGCCUCCCCUUGGCUUUGUCCUGGGUUUAUGCUUUGAAGGGAAACUUCUCUUGCUUGAAUUGUUACUGAUGUGUGUCAUAGCAUAUAACUUGUUUAUCAUCAAGUGCAUGAUAGAAGUUUAUUUAGAUACAUUCAAAAUGCAUUUGCCAUCAAAAAUCUAAGAAACUAAAGAACAACCUGAUUGUCUUCCUUGACCUCUUCAAAAGUAUGCCAAAGUGUCUUUUUAUUGGAAAGGAUUGUGUUGCUAGCCACUGGGAACUCUGCACUGAAGCAGAAACAAGUGGCCUUUUUUCUUGGUGUCACUUUUGUUAAGUAACUAUUUAUUUGAAGACCAGGGUGCAGGCAUCUUUCCAUUUUCUGUAAUGAUUGAGGAUAUCUGAGACCUUAUUUAGACAUGAUUUUGACCCUACCACUGCCUUCUCAGCAUCUUCACAACUCAAUCAUGACCUUGUCACAGUGGGGGGAAUGUAAGCAGUCCCGACACUAAUACCAGUACUAACACAGCAUAACAGGUUACAGUCCUAAUAGCAGCUUUAGUUUUUAUUUAGUCACCCCAGAGAAGAAAAAGUGAUAGUGAACUAUUCUGACAGACCUCUGUGGUGACCAGGGACAGGCGUCCUCCGUUAAUGAAGGGAGCUCCGUCUGUGGUAGACGGAUGCUUAACCAGGAAGGGACGCACACUCUUAGAUCGCUGGAGUGAAAGGGGCUGGUUUUCAGCCUCACUGGCCUUCUUACUUUACGAGGUAUUGGGCUCACCGUAGGCCUAGCACACAUGUUCAUGUUGGCAAGUGCUGGUCCGGGUAGUUCUGACUGAGAACCUGUGUGUGCGUGGUUUGUUAGAGACAUCUGCCUCAAGUGUUAUAUCCAACAUUUUCUUAGAAUGUAUCUCAAUAUUUAUUUUGCCUCCUUAUGGGGGCAUUUGUGCCUCCCCUCUGUGUCCUUUCUCCCCAAGCUGACGUCCUAUUGUAUACUUUCUAGGUAGACGUCUAUAGCCGUACUGAAGCCCAGGUGUUCCCAUUCAUUUGAAUUUCAGUAUUUGUGGUUGUCUACUAAUUAUCUAGCCUAAUUUUUACUUUAAACUUCUAACUAUAACAAGCUUAAGGUCCCAGAAUCUGAUCUGCAAAUCAAGCUAUACAUAUUUGUAUAGGAGACCCUGUGUUCAGGACUGGGUGGCUUUUCUUACAGAAACAGGGAUGGGGUGGGGUUGAUUGCAUAUUUAUAACCUAAUGCUGCUGUGGGUGGGAAUCUUUUUUACAGUAUUUUCUGUCUUUGUUUUUCUUUUAACGUUUCCUUUGUCUUGAAUUUUUACUAAUAAUUUACCCCUUACUUAAAAUUUUUUGUUUCUUGUGUGGGAAUUUGGAAUCUUGGUACUUAGUAUUAUACUGAAUUUUUUCAGAGAGCAACACAUUUUAAUACCAGAACAUAGCAAAUCUGCAGCCGUUUCAGGCAAGGGUGGACUUUUUAUAAAACAUCAUUAAUUGUUACCAUUAAAUAUUCUGAGAGCUGAAUGUACAAAUGUAAAAAGAUAGGGUUUUUUUUUUUUUUAAAAAUAAUAAACUUUAAGAAACAAAAGCAA